AUGUCAUCACCUCAAAGAGAAGGUUUCACUGCCCCAUCAUCAAUCUCCCAUGCUGCUCAAGGGUACGUUGCAUCUAAAUCCUUAGGUGUCAAAUAUCAUUGUGCUCAAUGUGGAUCUAGUUUUUCCUUGAAUAAAACUGAUGCUAUCAGAUGUAAAGAUUGUGGACACAGAGUUAUUUAUAAAGCCAGAACUAAAAGAAUGGUUCAAUUUGAAGCCAGAUAA